AUGGUAAACAUCUUUGUUUGUUUACCUCAAGUGAAAAAAUGUUGUUGUUGUUUCGGUCUAAGAUUUGGCUGUAUUAUUAUAGGCAUAAUCAAUUUAUUAUUUGUGCUGUCGGCCGUUCUAAGUAGUGAAGCUAAUAAAAAUUACAGAGAAUGCUACAAUACAGGAGUUGUGACGAAGAUCGUAGGUUAUAUAGCAAUUUUUAUCGCAAUAUAUCUAUUUUUAUCGAUACUCUAUUUCUUGUAUGGAGUCAUUAUAAGGAAAAGUCCAACUGCUGUAUUAUGGUUCAUGUAUACCACAUUUGUCGUAAUGGUGUAUAAUAUUGUCGUCAGCGUACUUUUGAUGACACAAUCAAAAAAAAAAUCUAAAAAUUGCCAACCGCCGUAUAUAUUUGGAACUUCAACUAUUAUAAGUACCUUACUGCUUUUCUAUUUCUUAGUAAUCCUGAAAAGCUACCAUAAAAUUCUAACUAUGACGAAGACCCAAGACAAAAAAUAA